ACCACUUCUUCCCCUGCUCUUCUCCAGAACCACUCACUCUGCCUCUGCCUCUGCCUCUGCCCCCCCCCCUCUCUCUCUCCGUGCUUUCUGUGUCAUUCAAGUUUCUUUUUCUGUGUUCUGUCAUGGCGCUUGCACGUGCCAUGCUCGUGCUAGCCAUGUCCUUGGCUCUGGUAGCAUUCACUACAGGCCAAGCCCCUGCCUCUGCACCCACCACAAUGCCGCCUUCCAGCACCAUGUCGCCGCCACCUCCAAAGGCGGCUCCUGGGCCUGCCACCUCCCCUGUUUCAUCUCCUCCAUCAUCACCAAGUUCCCCCAGCCCAGGCCCGUCCAGCAGCACCACCGCUCCCCCACCUUCACCCCCAGCUCCUUCUCCUGAGUCGCCAUCACAUUCAUCAAUGCCGGCGCCGGCACCGGCACCCGGGUCAGCUCCAUCGCCCUCAAUUGGACAGGCCCCCUCUACCCCUGGCAGUGACGCCUUUGUUCUUGGAACCAGCUUCUCGAUGCUAGCUUUUGUGCUUGGGGUAGCUCUAGUGUGCUUGCUUGAAUAAAUCAUUGAAAAUUGUUUUAGUUUUUGAUUCCAUGAUGUAGAUUGAUGAGGACAUGUAUUCGUGUAGCCUUUGAGUUUCCCUUUGGUUUUGUUGCUUCAUGUUCAUGCAUGAUGAUACUUGGGUGCACCAUUUUUAGUGAUUUUGCUUUUCAUCAGGAGCUUUCAUUUAGAGGUCAUAUCCUUUUGUCACAUUGUAGCUGAAUAAGAGAGGGAUAUGGCCAUUUUUAAACUGGAUUCUCUAAUGUUCUGACCUUUUCUCUGGUUUUUGUCAGACCUCUGUGUGCCAUGUAUCUAACUUUCCUAGUAAUUGAUUCUAGAUGUUCCAGUA